AUGGAUUCGUGUAGGCUCUCAGUCACGUCCCCAAUGACGUGGACCAAGCUGAACAAAAGUUGUCUGCAUUGUUUCCACCCAAUUCUCCGGAAUUAUUGCCCGUUGAAACGUUUACCGGACGCAUUCAGGCGGUUCGACAAAGCCUUGCCCCCGGCGCCACUCCAUUCAUAUCUGCUCCUUGCAGGCCGGCUCCGUCGGUUCAAAUGGGCUUCUUGUCGUCGUUCUUCGUCGUCUUCUGUGCGGUUGUACUCCUUGCACAAGGCGUUCCUUUUCGUCAAUCUGACCUUGAGACCUCCUACAUCCAGAAACGACUGAGCAAUGAUGCCUUGAUCCGUUUGAUGAUGAGGUCAGUGAGAAAAAGAAAAAAAAUUAACACAUUUUAUCAACUUUUCAAUCAUAGGCCAGUGUUUCCACACAAUGAUUAGUUAUUAUUUCAUUCGUGCAGCUGACUAGACUUUUCAAUCUUUAAUUUAUUUUUUGAGUCAGUUGAGACUCUAGCGGUACACAAGCUUGUUGGAAAAUUCAAGCGAAAGCUCGAAAAUUAUUGAAAUACUGCUUCUCACGCGAAUCUUUCCGAGAAAAAGUUUUUUUGAUUGUAGAUACAUAGCCGACUCUAUUCAAGUCUUGGGAUCGAAAUUUGAUGGAAUAUAAUCGAAACAAUGUAUUCCGAUGAGCUCAAAGCAACGAAAUCUCUUAGUUUCAAGUAUGCUCUUCCAAACUUGCAAAUCGCCGAAGUUCAACUAAAUUUACAAGCCCGGAAGCGAAGAGAAACUAAAAAGCGUUCAUCAGUCUAAAUAUAAACCAAAAUCUUCACGAACUUCAAUAACUCCUUUUUUUAUUCCAGAAACCGCCCGAACACGGCGCUAAACAUCAAAAGGAACACGGAUAAAAGAUCUGACGUGGAAAGAAGAAGUUUUGACGACGACUUUUCGAACUGCUUCCUGUCGCCUGUCCAGUGCAUGUUGCCAAACUCCCGCAAAUGA